AUGAACAUAAGGCAGUCCAUCACGCGCCUCAUCCCACAAAUCCAUACCAGCCUCGAAUCCCACAUCCUCAGACCGGGUAUAUCAAACACCCUAAAGCAGCACCACGCCCCCUUCACGCAAAUCAGGCGACUUGGUCUAUUGGAACAUCAUUCACAUAAAUUGCUCAAGGAUUUCCAACUCCCAGUACCGAACGGGUUCGUUGUUACGAGCGCGGCGGAAGCUAAGAAUGUUGUUAUCGAUAUCAAUGCACCAUCGGUGAUGAAAGCCCAAAUCUUAGCCGGCGGCCGCGGAAAAGGAACAUACGACAGCGAUGGCAAAGGCGGCGUGCGGAUCGUCAAGACACCAUGCGAAGCCUUCGAAAACGCAACAAAAAUGCUCGGCCACAACCUAACCACAAACCAAACCCCACCACCCGGCCUCCCCGUCUCGAAACUAUACAUCUACAAAGCCGUAACCAUAUCACACGAGUACUACCUAGCAAUGACCUUCGACCGCCAACACUCUUCCCCGGUCCUGUUAAUCUCAAACGAGGGCGGAAUAAACAUCGAAUCGAACAUCGAUAAUCUACACCGGUUAUGGUUCAACCUUGAAACCGGUAUAACGGAUGAAAUCGAUGCGUAUAUACAAGCCGAGCUUGGAUUCUCGGACUCGGAAAUGGGGAGGGUGAGGUAUAUAUUAGAGCAAAUGGUUAAAUUGUUCAAGGAGAAGGACGCAACGUUGUUAGAAUUAAAUCCGCUUGUGCGAACCGAGGAAGGGGAAUUUGUUUGCUUGGAUGCGAAGUUUGAUUUUGAUAGUUCGGCCCGGUACCGACAACAGGAUAUUUUUGGGUUGGAGGAGCGGUCGCCUCAGGAGCAGGAGGAGUUUGAGGCGGCUCAGUUGGGGCUUUCUUAUGUACGGCUUGAUGGAGAUAUUGGGAAUAUUGUUAAUGGGGCUGGACUUGCUAUGGCGACUAAUGAUUUGAUUGGGCUCUUUGGGGGGAGGUGUGCUAACUUUUUGGAUGUUGGGGGUGGGGCUACGAAGGAGACUUUGGCUAUGGCUUUUCGGAUCUUGGGGAGGGACGAGAGGGUGAGAGGGGUUUUGAUUAAUAUCUAUGGUGGCAUUGUGCGAUGUGAUAUGAUCGCCGAGUCGAUUAUUGCCGCUGCGAAGGAGAUUGGGGGCUUCAAGAUUCCUGUUGUUGUCCGGCUACAGGGUACGAACAGUGACAAGGGACUGAAAUUGAUCGAGGACUCAGGAUUGGAUAAUUUAUUUGUAGAAGCGGAUUUCGAAGAAGCGGCGCGAAUCAUUGUUGAGCUGACACCAAAACGCGAUUGA